AGGCGGCCUUUUCGUAUCAUAGCAACUGCCUGCAAUGCUCUACUCUACACAAAACUAAAUUCAUUUGCAGUACAAUUAUGAAUGUUACUAGCCUGUUUGCUUGUAACUGUUGGAAGAAAAGCUGUUGGAUUGUGAUAUAUAGUCACAUACUACCUUGGCUGAAAUAGCGAGUAACACAUAUAUCCGAUUAUAAACUGGUAUGAACGUAUCUUGGUACGCUAACUGAAGUUUGCUGCGCAGUAUUCACACUUUUAAAUGUUGGAGAUUGUCAUUAAAACCGUUUUGUCACAGCCUGGUAUUCCAGGUUAAUAUAUUUUAAAAAAACUCUUUAAGUAUGAAAGUGAAUCCAGCCUGACUCUUCCUUUACUGGUUUACAUCAUCUUAGAAAAAACUAUUUGUAUAAAGGAAAGAAAAUGCCAGUAUACAUUAGGAAGGGUCCUGCAGAAAUUCCUACGCCCUCUGAGAAGGAAUGGACUGAAGAGGAAAAUUAUUACUUGCGUGAUCCAGACCAGUUACAAGAUCAUCUACCACAACCAUAUCGGAUGAUUGACAAGAUGGUUUGUCAAGUUCUUGACAGUGCCUGGGAGCAAAUAUUAAUCAGGGAGGAAGCAAGACAUUUGGAGAAAUUGAAGGUCAAGGCUACCAUUCUUCAAGCAACAAAUGAAGUAAAGCUUCGAGAGAGGGCAAACUGUGUUACAACAUCCCAAGAUGGACGGUACAUCUUUGCUGGCUUGCCCAGUGGAAUUGCAGCAUUCAGUGCAUCAACUUAUUCUUUAGUUUGCACAUGGGAAGCAAAAAAUGUAGUUAUUACUUCUAUCUUCAUAACUCACUCUGGAAAGCAGCUAUACCUACUUGCUACAAUUGAUGACAUGGGACUUGCUCGCCUAUUCUCAUUUUCCCAGGAUUGCUUCUUCUUAGCAAAGAUUCUUAAUGAGCCAGAAGAUGUCAGCAAACGCAACAACUGCACAAAGUUUGAACUUUCCAAUGGAGGAGAUUUUGCAGGAGUCUUUUUGGAAGGCAGCGGUGAGUCUUGGCUAGAGAUCUACAGGUUGCCCAAAGACUCUUGGCCACAGGAGCUGGAUCAAGUGCCAAUGACAACACAAAGACAGACAUCUGCAACAGCUCAACCUUCUGGAACAAGUGAAGGAAAAUCCAUUUUGCCAGUCCUCGUGAUGAAAAUCAAGCCACCAAAGCCCAUUUCAGGAUCUGCUUUUCGGAGUCCAGCCGAAGCUCUGCAGAAGUCUGAUGAAGGCAUUAUAAUUGGAUCCGGCCAAAACAAUAUAAUCAGCACACACCAGUGGCAACAACAGAGAGUACUUUUUGAGCACUUAUUCAGAAAGAAACUUCAGAUGAGCAGUAGAGUGAAAGAAGUAAAAUCCAGGCAGGCUAUGUGUCACUUCCUUUUGCCAGGACGAAUCCUACCAACAGGACUGGAAAGUGCCUCACAUGCAGCUGUUCCCAGCGCUGUCUGUGUUUGCUGGAAUGGAUGUCAUAAUCUUUUGCGGUACUCACUACUUAAGCCAGCAAAAGAUAAAGAUAUUGAGCCAAAGCCAGAUGUUGUCUGGCCCUGUGCUGCUUCAAUAGCCUGUUCAUGUGUCAGCCUCUGCAACUCGUUUCUUGCUGUAGGUUUUGUUGAUGGAACACUAACAGUCUGGGACAGAUAUCUGGGUCUUCCACUUUCUGUGACGACACUUCCAGAAGAUAGUGAAAUUACAAACAUCCAGUUUCUGGACAGUUUAGUGGAUUACCAAAAAUUCAAGCCUGUGAAUAUCACCUGGAAGAAUGCUAAACCACAGCUCCUUGUGCUAUGUAGAAAUGGAGCACUGUACCAUAUAACUGCAAAAGGAGGCAAUGGGACAUUUACAGUCAGAUUAACAGAAGGAUCUAAACCGGCGGAGAGCAUGAUCUGCAUUGCAACACCUGUACCAUUUCUACCUGGUCUAGUGCUGCUGGUGUCCAGGAAUGGCACAGUCUCUCUUCUGGACAGCACUGAAGGAGUUGAAGUCUGCUGUUUAGACCUGCCAUCUGCUUACACUCUGUCAUCUCCUUGGGAUCCAAUUUUUGCAAUAGAUACUGAACAUCAAUCCAUCCUAUUGCAAGCUGACAGAAAUAUGUGUGCAGAGAAUGCUGCAGAUGUAAAACCAAACUCUAGUUCUCUUGUGGUCUUCAGUUUUACCUCAACCCCCUUGUUAGAAGAGAUCCAGCAAAGGAAAGAGAAAGCAACCAUACCUUUAGAGCUAGUAUCACUGGAGAGAAGAUCUGAGCUCUACUUUCAGGCCAGGCUUCAGUCACAUAAUGCAAGAAACAAGCAGAUGAAUGACUGUUGGCAGAAUCUUCGAAGGCAUGCAGCCAUGGUCAGGCAGCAGAAAGUUCAAUAGUGCAGACCAGCGAUAGCUUUUUUGCACAUCAUUAUCGCAGUUUUGUGAAGUUCACUUGUCUUCUAGCUUUGUACACACUUGAUUUUGCAUAUAACUGGUUGGAGCCCCACAGAAGGCUUAGCCGCUUAAGACCUGGAAGAGCAGAAGUACUCAUUUUUGUCCAAAAUGCUAAAUCACAAUACACAAAAGCAAAAAGUCUGUUUUAGCUGUUAAGAAAAAGGAGUACCAUACGUUUUAACAUAACAGUGCUUUCUUUAAAACAGGUUACAGUUCAUAGUGUAGUAACAAGCAUGGUGUAUAAUGACAGUACGUGUCAAGAAGAUCGCUUCCAAUUUUAUGGCCUAAAGUUGGAAUCCUUGUACUUUUAAUGAAAGAUGCUUUUCUAUUUGUUUAAUACCCUUUACAUUUGCCCUUCCACAGAUAAAGUCGGCCAUUCUUGUUCACUCCAAAGUACUAUGAAAGAGAAGGUGAAAAAAUGGUUAUAGCAAUUUUGAAUUAUGUAUGUUUGCACUUGCACUUAAAUUGCAGACUAACAGUUGCCAUUCUAGGAAUCCUUAGUCUGUGCUGUCUAUAGGAACCUGUCAGAGACUAUGCUUUUUAUGUCAGAAAAGUAACUUUUUUCAUUUUAAAGUUAAAGGUCCUUAAUAAGUUCACUCAUUUAAUGCUAAUCCCAGAAAGAUUUGAUCAGGUUUUUUUCUUAUUAGGUGCUACAAAGUUAGGUCAAGAAUUUAGUGCUUGUUUUUCAAAUAAAGCAUUGUAUAUGAUAACAAUUCAAGCUAAUUUCAGAAUCUGUAAACUAAAGUUUUACAUAAUAUUAAAAACUAACACAGUUGCAGUAACCUAACAUCAUUAGUUGCAGUAACCUAACAUCAUUGAGCUGAGCUGAUGUUUUAACAAUUUAUGUUUAAUGAAAGUAGGCAGCUUUGAACAAUUUAGUUAAGUGCCUUUUUGUUAUCCUAACAAUAAUUGGUUAACCGAGA